CAGAGUUCAGUGCUGAGUGCCUGGAGCUGAGCUCAUGUCAAAUUUCUGUGACUUCUUCUUACUGAAGACUGGAAAGGAUCCUUGGAAAUCCUCAAGCAUAACAAUGGAGACAGUGACCUUUGAGGAUGUAGCUGUGAAGUUCACCCCAGCAGAGUGGGACUUGCUGACUCCAUCCCAAAAGAAGCUCUACAGAAGAGUGAUGUGGGAAACAUAUAUGAAUAUUACUGCAACAAGAAGAAUAUGGAAUAAUCAGCAAAUUAAGGAAGAGGACAAAAAUUGCUCAGGUAGUAUAAGGUGA